AUGCUCUGGACACCCUUCUGGCGUCUUCCCUGGACGGCCUCAUCCAGCAAACCCACACCACCUCCCCUCCCGCCCGGUGUCACCCGCACUUACAUCCCCACGCCGCAAGGCGACCUCGAGCUCCUCUCCGCCGUGCCUCCCUCCUCCUUCCUCUCGCCAACCACAUCCAGCACUCUCUCCACGCCGUCUCCAGUCCCGCACAUCCUCUUCCUCCACGGCGGCUUCGGCUCGGCCGCCGUCUGGCUGCCCUACCUCACCUACCUUUCCACCAACCAUGGCAUCCCCUGCCACGCGCUGUCGCUGCGUGGCCACGGAGCGAGCUGGCAGCCGGGCUACCUGCGGAUGGUGUGGGGCACGGGGAUGGCGGCGAUGACGGAAGACGUGGUUGCGGUGGUGGUGGAAGGGUUGAAGGUGUUUGGGGAAGGGUUGGAGGUGGUGCUGGUGGGGCACUCGAGCGGUGGGGGUUUGGCGCAGUGGGUCAUUGAGACAGAGGGGGGUGGCUGUGGUGACGGCGGCAAGGGGAGGUUGAAGGGAAUGGUGAGGGGCCUAGGAUUAUUGGCGGGGACGCCGUGUUUUGGGCAGAUCGGAGUUUACUGGAAUUGGCUCAAGCACGACCUAUUUUUUCCAAUCCGUGUUCUCUUCCAUUUGUACCACCCGCUCUCGCCAUUGUCAACUUUGGAGCUCGUUAAGGGCGCUUUCUUCAGCCCUGCCGUGUCGAACUCCGCCGUGGCGGAGUUUCGGAGGACCUGCAUGAUGGGGUACGAGAGCAUGAUCUGGCCGAACCAAAUGAUGCGGCGGUUGGUCUACCCGAGAAAUGUUUUGCUCAAUCUUGUUGGAUGGGGAAGCAAUGGGCAGAGGGUGCUGGUGGUGGCGGGGAAAGGGGAUAAGUUGAUGGGGACGAGGCUCAUGAAUGAGAUGGCAGACGAAUAUCGGGCGGCAUAUAGGGGACUAGUGAGCAAGAAGAAGAUAGAUGGUGUCGAGGAUGAAGUGCAAGCACUUACUAAGGGCGAAGGGACCACUGGGCAAGGCGUGAGAUAUGCUGAGUUGGACGCAGCGCAUCACCUCCAGAACGAUGUUGGUUGGGAAGAAGGCGCCGAAAGAUUGGCAGAGUUUUGGGCGCAAUUGUGA